AUGGAUAGACUAUCUGAAUUGAAGGAUGGGUCCCCACAUCCAAAUAUUAACAACAGUAACAACAACAACAACAACAACAAAAAUGUUGAUGUUUUAAGAGGUUCAUACUCACAUACUUCGUUUUUAUCUCUGAGCGAUGCUCAAAAAAGUGGCACAUAUACUUCCGCAGAAAAAUCUCACAUUAAUCAGGAAUUAAGAUCAAGACACUUAAAUAAAUCAUGUUCAUUUAUGAGAUUAGAAAAUUUAUCACAAUCCAAAAAUUGGGGGGAGGAACAUCUAGAUGAUUUCGCAUUAGAAGAACUAAGAGAUGAAUUUUUCGAUUCUAUUUACUCUAAACCAGAAAUGAUUAAUAACGACCAAUAUAAGAAAGAUGAUGGAAUAUCAUAUACGACUAAAAAAGUGGAUUCAAAAGAGAGUAGAAUCUCAUUGUUUUUAAAGAAAUCAAUUUCUUCCCCAACACAAUAUUUUAAUGAUUUCAUGACUUAUAAAAAGUCUAUUUUUAAAUAUUUUUCUGCAUAUUUCAUUGCAAUGGUAAUUUGUGUAAUCAGACCAUCUGGUGAGUGGAUAGGUCACAAAUAUAGAUAUUUUAUGUUAUUAGCAGCUUUAAUACAUCAUCCAGUAAGAAACAUAGGAGUUCAACUGGAAAUUACAUUAUGUUCAAUAUUGGGUGGGGCUCUCGGAAUGGGAUGGUCCUCUUUAGCAUGGUACAUAUCUACGUUAUCAAAACCCGUGGCAGACUAUCAAGGUGCAAUAUUAUUUGCAAGUUUAUUCCUAGCGUUAACUUUUUCUGUUUGGAUAGCAGCCAUAUUUCAAAGAUUCCUAUAUUUUUGUAAAACUUUUAGCAUUGCCAUAAUCUUUUUCCAUACUGCUGAACUAUCAUUUUCGAAAGAAAAAUUGCAUUGGAAAUUAUAUUGGGAUUUUGGAUUCUCUUUUCUUUUUGGUCUAUUAUUGUCCUUAGUUAUUUGUACGUUUGUAUUCCCCACGAGCGGAAACCAAGAAGUCAUUCAUACUUACAGUCUUUGUUUUAAAAAAUCGGAACAGUUUUUAGUUUCCUUAGUCGAUUUGAAUAGUGACGAUUCUGAUGAAAACAUUGAUAUUAAACAGAAAGAAAUGGUGAAUUUUCUUAUCGUAACUUUACCUGAAGCAUUUAGGGAAUUCUCAAAUCAAGUUACGUUUAGCAAAUUUGACCAAAAUAAUUUGAAGGAUUUGAGAAACUCUAUAACAAAAUUCAUAAGUCCAUUAAGAGUUUUACCAAUCCAUUCAAAAUUAUUUACUAAAGAUAAUGUAAAAGAACUCUAUGCAACUUUAAAGUUACCUCAAACUAAUGAAGGGGAUAUCGAGGAAUUUGAAGAUGAUUCAAUGUCACCAACUCCAAUGACUUUUUCAGAUGGCGUUACACCAGUACCGAAACCUCUAAAUUUGGAAGCAGGCACUUACAAUGCAUUUGAUAGAGAAUUAUAUUUGGAAUUACUAAGAGAUAUAUUUGCUGAACCUGCAUAUUCCUUAGUUUCAGAAAUGAUUUAUUCUUUGGAACAAAUUGGCAUUUUAUUUAAAGAUUUUGAAAAUAUUGGCAAAAAGGUAGAUACUCUCACUAUUGACAAGAAACUUACUGUAUUACAAAAAAAGUUAAAGAGAAGAAUAUAUAAUUUAGAUGUCAAAUACAAAAACUUUACUCAUACAGAUCAUUUCUCAAAGGAUUUAUUAACUGAUACAUCAUCAGUCGCCUUAUUUUUAUUUUUAAGAACGUUAAGAAAUUCAGCUAAGAACCUACUAGAUGUAAUCCACUCAUGCUCUAAAUUAUCUUCCGGUAUUCACUGGAGAAUUAGACUAAUAACAUAUCCGUUUCGCAGAGCUAUAUAUAGGCUUCCCAUUCAGUGUACUAUUGAUGAAGGUGCAGGAAAUGUAUUAAACUAUUUUGAAACUAAAAGAGAUGUGGAUGAAAUAUUUGAAAAAUUGUACAACGUACACACAUCCUCACAUAACUAUGACAUUAAAAUGAACAAUUCCAGUUCUAAAAGAGUCUUUAGAGAAUAUGAUCGUGAUGAUUUUAAUUUUCACACAACAAGUAAUAAAUGGAGACUUCUUCUAUGGAAGUGCAGUAAGUUAUUAGUAGAUGAUUAUAUGAAAUGGGCUUUAAAAAAAGUUUUUGUUAUUGUUUUCUUAUCUUUACCAUCAUGGUUACCUAGAUCAUAUGGUUGGUACCAAGAAUAUCAAUGUUGGUGGGCACCGAUGUCAUUUUAUUUACUUUCUCAUAGAAAGUAUUCUGGUAGUUGGGAUAAAUUAAUAAGAAGAAUAAUAUUUUGUUUAUUGGGAAUAUUUUGGGGAUGGGCUGCUGCGCAGGCCAGGCAUUUCGGAAGUCCAUACGUCAUUUGUACAUUUGCUGGUAUCCUUGUUGUACCUAUUUCACUUAAUAUUUUUGCCUAUAAAAACACUAGAUCAAGUUUUACUACAAUGCUUUGCUUUUCUGUUAUUGUGAUGGAAUCUUAUGGAAAGGGUCAGAGUUCACUAAAUACAGCAGGAAUAUGGAAAAAUACAUGGGUCACUGGUUUAUCUCUUUUUGUGGGUACAUUAAUAUCCAUUCCCAUAAAUUGGAUUGUUUGGUCGUUUAAAGCCCGUUCAGAGUUAAGAGUAGCCAUUUCAGUUCUAUUAGGUCAUAUCUCACAGUCUUAUCAACUGGUCACAGAUCGUUAUCUUUAUAGAGAUUCGUCUGAUGCUCCAACUGAACUAGCAAUUGCUUUAUCUCAUAUAAGAGAGAUUCGUUUAAGUCAAAGUAUAGUUGCUAUUAAAGAAUUAUUAGAAAAAUCCAAAGAGGAGCCGAUAUAUAUCGCCAAUUUUGAGCCAGUGAAGUAUACUCAAAUUCUGGACCAAUGCAACUACUUGAUUGAGAGAAUUAUUGAGGCAAGAAUUUCGAGUACCUAUUUCGAAGUCUGGGAUAGAGAUGCAGAUCCUGAAAUUACUAGAGCUUUGCUAUCACUUCGUAGAGAUAGUGUUGCUUCUGUAAUUCUUGUUCUUUACAUUCUAUCAAAUUGCUUUAGAUCUAAAAAUAAGAUUCCAAGGUAUUUACCAAACCCAAUUUUAUCGAGAAAAAAACUAUAUGAAUUUAUUCAAAAAUUUGAGAAUAGAGAAUUAUCAAAAAACACUAAUGAGAGGCACAUUUCCUCUAAUAAUAUAAAUAUGCUUGAUAAAAAACUGUUAUCGAACUCUAGUAUUGAUAAAAACGUUAAUCAUGAAACAGAAAAAUCUCAUUGGACUGAGAUACAUAGAGUUGCAUUUGAGAGGACAUUCACAGACAUUUCUGCCAUUUUACCUGAAAUUGCUAUCAAAGCAAAAGAGAUUCUAGGCGAAGAGUCAUAUUAA